CAUCAGCGACGAACUGGGGCGCGUCUCUUCAAUCACAUCUCUCAAUGGCCAAUUAACCAGGAGCGAAUCCCAGCCCGCCGGCGAACUCGAGGCUGUGGAGACUGCCGCUGCCUCCCACUCAGAGACAACGGCAACAGAUGACGACUGCGAUCCCACACCUACGCGCACACAGCGCCGAGAUGCACUGGUGCACGUUCUGGCUAAGUACCUGUACACACACACGUGUGCAAAGGCAUGCGGGGAAAAGAAGCCAGAGGAGCCACAGAAGGAGGCUUGUGAGAGUGACAGUGACAGUGUGUGCGAUGGUGAUAUAGUGGCUGCUGAGGUGCCUAUGGUGAAGAUUCUUUCGGCGGUGGUGUUGCACGCGUGCCGCAGUGGGAAAGUCGCGCACGUGAUGGAAGUCUGUCAGUCGAUGGAUGAACAUGAGGUGUGA